CAACAGCCAGGAACAGUGAGUGCGUGUGAGUGGGCCAGUGCGUGUACGCGCGCGUGUCUCGGCUACGGUCCUUCGAGCCUCGAGGACGGCACCAGCCGAGGGACACGAUGAUGAUCAUCCCGAUGAUACGGGCCGCGAUCCUCCUAUCCGUCUUCGUUCAUCUAGAUGCCGUUGCGAACACCAUCACCAUGGCCAAGGAGGAGUGCAGGAAAAGGAUAGCCGAGUGCACGAUGAGCGACGGCGCGAGUACACCGGUAUGUGGGAGCGACGGUGUUACGUAUUCGAGUCAGUGUCGGGUCAUCUCGAAGCAGUGUCAAGGCAUGUCUAUUCUUAUCAAACACACUGGCCCUUGUCCAGAGACACCAGCGUGCUUUUCCGCAAGGUUGACCGCCAGGCCCGGCGCAAGACCAGUCUGCCGGCCAGACGGCACAUACGCACCUGUGCAGUGCCACGAGGAAACCGGGUACUGUUGGUGCGUGACGCCGCAGGGUAGACCGUUGCCCGACACCUCGGUAAGACACCAAAGACCAAGAUGUUUGAAACCUGGUCCCAGAUCUGCUGCUUCCACCAGGAGCGGGCAAAGGAGGCGCUCGCCGAGCUGGAAGCAGCGAAGGCAGUACAGCAGUAAACACAGGAACACCUGCGAUCGCGCGGAGAAGUCCAAGUUUAACGGGAACCUAAUCGAGAACUUCAAGAUCGAGUACAGGCGGACCAAUAUAUCCACCGACGGUGAUAAAAACGUGGAGCGCGUGCUGUCGUGGAAAUUCGUCACCCUCGACAAGAACGGUGACGGUUACCUGGACAGGGCGGAGUACAAGGAGCUGAGGAGGCUCGCGAAGAAGGCGGUAAGGCCGAAGAAAUGUGCUCGCACGUUCGCCCGCACGUGCGACCUAAAUCGGGAUUUGAAACUCUCCAGGCAAGAAUGGGGUGCCUGCCUUGCGAACGACUUCACUCUACGUUUGUUCUUGUCGCUGAACCCCGCAGACGAGCGCCCCGAGGUCCCUGAGGCCCAGAGGACCCGGGCCAUGGACCAAGUGUUAAAAGGAAAUCCUGCGUCAGUGCAUUCUCGACCGACAUUCAACGAUGAUCCAGCGGAUACUAAAGAAGACAGCGAUGCCAAUGAUUGUUUAACUGAUAGAAGAUCCGUGUUGGAAGACGAGAGGCAGCAUUCUCAAGAGAAAUUCUAUGUACCUGAAUGCACUCCUGACGGAAGGUAUCAUCGAGUGCAAUGUUACUCUGGUUAUUGCUGGUGUGUGUACCAAGACACUGGUAAACCAAUCCCUGGAACAUCGUCUAAAGAUCGUACUCCAAAUUGCAAUCCAGUGCCUACCCCCAGCAGGCCAAUGAAAGGUUGUCCAGAGCAAAAGAAGCAACUAUUCCUGCGGGAUUUAAUGGAUUUAAUGCAAAAGAAGAUGAAAGCUUCUGGUACAGAUUCAGAUGAAACAACAACCAAAUGGCAAGCUUCUAAAGAAGAGCAAAUAGCGACUUGGCACUUUGUAAUGCUUGAUAAGAAUAAAAAUAAGGUUUUGGAACGAAAAGAGUGGAAAAGUUUCCGUACAAUGGUAGCAAGCAAUAGACAGCUUCAAAGAUGCGGCAAAAGAUUGCCUAGGUACUGUGAUAUCAACAAUGACAGGAGGAUCAGCAUGACGGAAUGGCUUAGUUGUCUAAACGCUCAACGCCCUACACCCUCCGAUAGUACGGAAAAAACAUCGACGAGUAAGCCGAAAAGGAUGGGUCCUAAUCCAUUAGAUCAGCUUCUUAAAAACGACGAUGAUUAA